GCCAAUAUUAUCGUAAAUAAUGAAAAUUUGAUAUAUUAUACAAGUAAUAAAAUAAAUAUAAGAUCGAAUAUUUUUAUUAGUGAUAUUACCUAUAUUUAUUAUUAAUUAUCUUGUAAAUAAAUAUAACUUAAGUUGCCCUAGCAACUUGCAUGAUAUUCGCUAUGAAAUAAGCCACAUCAUAUGGAUGAUAACAAUAAAUCUAAAGCAAAUGGUCCAUAUAAUGAGCAUUUAAAAAAAAAUUCAUUAAAGUCAAAAAUAUUUAUUAAUAGUUCCUUACCUCAUUCAUCUUUUAUUCAGCAAAAUGUUAUAUUGAAUUCUUCAGGGGAUUCAUUAUCAUCUAGUCAAAUAUCUUCCCACUAUUUUAAUAACAUAAGUGAUAGCAGUAAUUGUAGUUCAUAUUCUAAUGAUGAUUCACCUUCAAUGAUAAAUGGCAGUAUAUCUAAAAAUAUUGAUUUGGUAGUAAGUAAUACCACAACUGAAACAUUUGCUCAUGUUCUGGAUAUUUGUUCGACAUCAGACUAUUGUGAUAAACAUUAUGCUCAAAAAAAUGAUAUUUUAUAUUCAAAAAAUUAUCAAAGUUUACCUCAUUAUCUAAAUGAAAGUAAUUCAAUUUUAGCAACAAAUAAUAUUAACAAUAUUCCUAACCAGAAAAAUAAUGGAUAUAAAAGUACAAAUUAUACAGGAUCACAUUGGUUUAAUCAUAGCUUAAAAUCAAGAUAUUCACCAAUAAUGGAAGAUUCUAAAACAUCUAUGUUUUCAAAGUUGGCUAAUAAGCCAUCAAUUGUUACAUCCUCUGUAAAUUCUAAACUAAAUAUCUCUACAUACUUGCAGAAUUCAUCGUCAAUCAUUGUUUCAACUAUGAUUAUAACAUGUGCUUCAAAUACACCUUCAUCAACACAUAUUCCUCUAUUAUAUUCUUGUCCAGAUUUUGCAAAGAUAUCAUCCAAAUAUUGUACAUUGAGCCCUGCUAUAUGUUCACAACCAAAAGAUUAUUCACUUUCAAAGAAUCACAUAAUUUCUUCCUUAAUACCCAGUCCACAACACAAACCACUUAAAAAUGAAAACAUUAACAGUUCACACUCUUGUAUUGUUAUGAUUGAUGAUGAGGAAUGUGCAUCAAAUUUGGAUGAUACCAAAAGUCUAGUCAAUAAAGAUAUAUAUUCAUCACUCAAUGCUGAUAAGGAACCAAUAAAAUUUCGUAGGUACGGUGAUACUAGAAUAAUCGACGAUGGAAGCCAUUUACAUCAAGGUGAAAACGAUUCGUCAUGUCAUAGAUCCCUUUCCAACACUGGGAAGGAUGAUCUCGCCUCUACCACACCGCCGAGUGCAAUACCGAGUUUAGAAUGCGGGGGAGGAAUAGGACAACAGGAACCGGCCUACAAUUAUCCCUCCUCUUAUCGACAAGUGGACGAGCCCGUAUAUUUUUCUUUCCACGCGAAUGGAAUCGCUACCAAACAACAAAAAUUGACGACUUCUAAUCAAAAGUAUAAUCCGUUGGUGAACAGGCAGGAGAGUCUAGAGGGCGAUCGAGUUAACGAUAUCGAGAUGAACUUGCUGGCUCCAUAUACUGAUUAUAAUCAUACACACGCUUCUUCCAAUUGCGAUCGCGAUGUCAGCUGUUAUCAAAUGGAAGACAAUGAAGCAAAAAUUAUCGAUACCAAGAAGAAAACCAAAAAUAGAAAGAAAAAAUGUUCCACCAAUCAUAACGAUAUCAAUGUUAUUUGUCAAGAAGAAACGCGAAAUGGCUUAUCAGUUCAAACAUAUGACGGUCCUAGCCCUAACGUAUUCACUCAAGCCAGUUACAAAACAAGGAAAGGGGCUACUCUGCAAUCGAAGCUUCAUCAUGCGCAGAAUAAAAAUGUCAAGAAAGAAUAUAUCGCCUGCUGCGAUCAGGGCAAAAAGGAUAUUAAUGAUUUGGUCGUUUUUAUUGAAGGAGGCGUCAAGCAAUGCCAUAACAGUAAUAACGCUUCCCGCCACGUUAAAAAUAAUCCAAAUAAGACCAACUUAAUCCGAAAUCAAAGCCUACACCACCAUAAUGGCAAAUUAAUUGAUCAUAAUGAUUACAACCUUAAAUCAGAUUCGGCCAACGAUAUAGCAUCGCCUCAUGGUAGAACCUCGUCUUUAGAUGGAAAUUGCGGUACUAGCCAGGGUGGUAACGAUGGUACUAGCGGUAUUUCGGAAAUUGACAAAAACAAAACUACGAAUGUCAAAAAACACCACUCUUCCGAAGAUUUGAAUUGCUCUCAUAUGAAGGAAAUCGUAUUCGAUCUUCCAAUUGAAAACUAUGAAGCUAAUAAAAUUGAUGAAGGCUCCCUGAAAAGCGACGAGGAUUACACUACCCCGCCACAGGAAUUCCAAGAUAAAUUCAAGGUGGUGACCAAAAAACAGCACAGGAAUAAAUUUUCAUCCACGAGCAACACUUCGAGUUCUGUUACUAAUAUAUCUUCUCAAGCUAAAAAUGGCUUAAAACAAGCCGCCCCGAAUACCGAGGACCAUCACACGAGCAAAGAAAUCGGUGAAGUUGUUUCGGCUUCCAAUAACAGUAAUACCGCUAAAAACACCAAUAAAGUUAGCGAUAAUCUAACAGACCAGAAUCCCAAAUUGUCAGACGUCACCAAUUCCAAUGCCCAAUCUCAUUCUAACGUUCCCGACAAUUUCAUAAUCUCUAACAAGCAGCAACAACCUUCCGAAGAUUCGCAAAACGUUGCAAAACCCUAUAAAUUUUAUUCAAACCCGUAUAAUAAAACGAACAGAAAUGAUCCCAAAAACAAUUAUUAUACCGAUUAUCUCGCCAACAAAAAUCCUGAUCCACAGAGUAACAGCUACAUAAAAAUUGCGAAAAAUUUGCAAGGCUACCCAGUUCCUUUUUUAAAGAAAAGCAGGAACAUGAGCCCUAGCUAUAACAGCAUCAAGGCGCCUGCUAAUAAUUUGAAGCCUCCAUUAAAAUCAUCAUUCGUUUACCAUAAUUCUAACUAUGGUGCCAAUACAAAAGUUUGUAAAUCUUUGAAUCAAAAUGUUUGUCCCAAUAAUAAUCCGACAUCAGCCAUUCUACCCAUGAUCGAUUCGGAACGCGAAUUUCCUUUACUCAAAGCAAAUAAUGCUGAUACAUCACCAGAUUCUAGUAUCAGCGAAAGUAAAAACAUCGAAAAAAAGGAUUUCAUUCCCAACUCCGACCUGUUAUGCCUCGAUACAUAUAAUGAUGAAACAAACGAAGUUAAUUAUCCUCCGCAAACGACGGCAAUUUUAUCGACAAACAUUCAUACGAACUCAUCAAAUAUUGGAAAGCAUUCAUACGCAACUGUAGCCAAAAGUCAAACUACUACACAUUCUCUUCCUAGCCUUUCACAACAACAACAUCCCGUUGCAUUACAGAAUACCACUUCAGCUAUCAAUGUUAUGCAUAUAAAUAGCAUCGAGAUAACAUCGAAGAUCCCCUUAUUAAUUAACCACGACCAAUCAAACAUAAACGAUAACGUAGUAAUUUUUAUUAACCCUACAAGUCAUCACUUGAUUAACAAUAAAUUGGAACAACACGCCAUAAAACCAAGUAACGACUUCGUAUUCGGGUUCGAUUUGGAUAGCGACAAGCUACGUGAUUUUAAGGAUGAUGGAGAAAGGGGUAGUAAUCUUUUUGAUAACGUUAAUUUCUAUAUUCGCAAUGAACAAACUCAUAUUGGCGGGUUCGACGAAAUGACUAAUGGUGGGAUAUUUCUUAAUAAAUCUUUUAAUGGGAGGUAUAAAAAAGCUAAUAUCGACAUAUUUAUUGGCGGUGGAAAGAAAAUCAAUCAAAAAGAAAGGGAUCUAAAACAUUACGAUGCAAUAUCUUCACCAAACAACGAUGAUUUAUUAUAUUUGGCAAAUUAUUUUGAAACAGUUUGGAAGAACAUCGAAAAAAGAAUUGUCGUUCCUUUGCCAGAUUGAUCAAGUCCUUUCUCAGAUGUUCGAUUCGGAAUCCAGAAUAUGUUUAAAUAUCGCUUCUUUAUUCCAGAUAUCGCAACUUUUAGCCCGUUUUUAUGCCGAUUAUGUAAAUAUUUUUUCAACGCUAACGGCUGGCCAAUACAAACGAAUUUUAGAAUAUCCUAUUUUUAUGUAAAUAGGGAAAAAAAUAUUGUAAAUUUAUAUAUAUAUAUUAUAAAACGUUUACAAUUCAAAUAAUAUUGGAUGCACCCUUUUCUAUUUAUCUCUCGUUUCUCUUUCUCUCCUUCUAAAAAACUCAAAAUCGCAAAAUUUUACUCUUGAGGUAUUGAGUACAUCCGCGGUUUAUGUACGACUCGGAGCUCGGCUCGAAAUGGUUACCCGGCCUGAUCAGAAAGAAUAGUGUUAAAAAUUUGGCCUAGCCCAUUUACAAAAAAAAUUCGGAUCUGUUUGGGAUUUUUUUUAACGGACAUCUAAAUGUUUAUAUGUGAUUGUAUGAAUGAUUGUUCCAUACGUUUGUAUUUAUUACAUAUUUUCUUCUUUGUUUUAGAGGAUGAAAAUGUAAAUGUUUUUUUUAUGAUUUUCCUUAACACGUUUUACCAUCCUGCUUUUAAGCUUGCCCCACAUUAAUAUACUUUAUUUCAUUAUUUUAUUUUUUUUCAAAAGAAAUAUUUUUGUCCGCCAGGAAACUUUAAUUUUUUCUUUUUUUUUUGAAAUUGUUUAUUGUUAUAAAUAUAAAACUGCUUUAAAAAAUUUUAUUUUAUUAAUGUGUGCUUGGUUAAUAAUUAUAUUAAGUUCUCUCAUGAGCGGUUCCUUUUGUGAUUAUAAUAGUGCUUUAUACAACUAACAUAUCUACAUGCCAAUCAAUCAUACUUACUUGUUUCGUCGUUGGGCCUCAUAUCAUUACAGUGUCAUACCUUAUCAAUAAAUAUUAUAUAUAUAUCAGCCAGAAAUUAGCUUUACCCCACAUUUCUUAUUAACAUUCUUUUUAUUGCGGAAACUUAUUUGUCAUAACAAUUUUUUUUCUAAAAUUAUUUAUCUAUAUGAGAUAAAAGGAAUGGCUUGAAAUUUUUUGUAUGUGUAUACAUAUAUAUAUAAAGCAUAUAGAGGUGCUAAAAUUGAACAAAAUAUUUCUGCGUGCAAAAUUUUAAAAUGUGAGCUGUUCUUUAUUUUCUAUUUAACCUUUAUUUGGAAAAUUGAUUUUUCAAUUAUACAAACCUUAAAAUUUAGAUUUAACAAGCUUAUAAAUCGAUCCUAUUUCUUAAAACGAAUGAUUUGUAUAUUGUUAGACAACCUUUUCUUCUUAGGUUAGUAACCAUUACUUGAAAACCUAAUUAGCUUGUAUUCUUCAAUCGCCCGCAGAUAUAUCACAUUUAAAAUAAACGAUUUGUAUAUUCUUUACUAUUUUUUUUCUCUUUGGUUCGUAAUCAUAACGUUGCUUGGAAAGGUAAAUUUUAUAAGCUUGCAUGCUUCAUUCCCCGCAGAAAUAUCACCUUUUCCACAAAAUUAAAAAGAAGUCCAGUGUAAUUUGAUAGUUUAAUUUUGCCUUAUAUAUUUAUUUUUCACUUUCGCAUUAUCAUUUAUUAAAUUUUAUACAUGAUUUUUGAAAAUAAUUUUCCUUAUUUUUAAAGUUAUAAAAAUGAUUAAUUUUUUUUAUAUUUUAUAAAAAGAUUAUUUCUUCUUUUUAUUUUUAAUUAUUACAUUUAUUGUAACUAUCAAUUUUAUAUCACUG